AUGCAUGCAAGUCUGCGCGAAAGCCUUGAGGGUGCUACUCUAGGUACUACGCAAAGUAUCUUCUGCCACGUUGGGAACGCAACUUUGCUACGAGUCACGGUGGCAAAUGAUAAAAUCCAGGCCGCGCGACGUCGCAACCGAAUUGAAUCCAAUGUACAACGGGCUCAACUCGCCACUGCAGUUGAGACGACGACGACGACGACGGAGAACGAUGAUGAUGAUGAUGAUAGUGAUUGCGCUCCACUUCCCAAUCGGCAGCCAGCUCCAACCACGAACAGAGACGAGAACCUCCGGGGAGGCCAGGAAACUGGCCCGCUUGCCUUCGGCAAGAAGUCCCUCAUUCUUUGGCCAAGUGGCUCAGUACUUCCCAAGCCGCUUGGCGAACUUCUUGCUGCCGGCAAUGGCAGCCAACUAUGA